AUGCAUUUAAAUUAAUUUUUGUAAUAGCUUACUAAAUAAAGUUCUAUUAAUCAAAUGAAACCAUCCUCCUUACAUUACGCCAAAGUAAAUCAUCAUGAGCCAAUAUUAAAAUGGGAAGUCGUUCUUCUAAUUAACAUUCUCUUUACUUUUGAAUUCAUAUGA